UGUAGUGGAAUAAUAAUUGAAAGUUGUUGUUUAUUGCAUGCAAUGCGAAUGCUUGUAUUUUACACAGCAGUAGAAUAGUUUGCCCGAGGCCAGAGUCACUGAUUAGUAACUUUCUUCGAGGAUUUUCCAUAUCUGUUGCUGAUUUAGAGAAAAUGAAAUCCAAGAGAUCUCAGGCAAAGGGAGAGGCACCACCAAAGGAGGAAGAUACUACUAUAGAGAUAGAUCGAUGGGACUCUUCAGCUGUGCGGAAUUUACUUGAUGACACCGCCAGAAAGGUUUUGACUGAGGACCUCGGUGUAACAGAAGACUAUAGGAAUGUCGACAUUCGCCUCGGUUUAGCGUGUGCAGGCUGCGGUGCGGCAGGGUUUGCCCUUGUCUUUGACUACUUCAUCCCAUACCCAGCCUCGCAUGCUGUUCUGAUUUCAUGCGUCACUUCGUAUUUCGUGCUGAUGGGUAUCCUCAGUCUCUUCUACAUGUUUGUUCAGAAAAACAACUUCUUCUUCGGAUCAUCAGUUGACACUGACAAGAAGACGGUUCACCAAUGGCGGCUCAUGUCAGAUCUGCGACGCUUCAGUCCAGACUACAUGCUAUCUAUGGCUUUCCGGAAUGGUCAUACAGGUUCGGAGACUGUUGAGAGCCUUGAGAAGUCUGUUGCUCUUUACUUUGAUCACUAUGGGAUUUUUAACGAGUCACUCUACUCAGAUGAUGUGCGCAAGCUGAGGGAUGAGCUCGUACGUGCUAACGGCAAAAAGCAACAAUAGAGCCUCGACCGAUCUUGGAGCAGCUAUGCCUUCACUUCGUCUUACCCAAUUAAUUUACCCGGCACUGGCUUGUAAUUUAGCAAACUGUUAUUCUGCCUGGAGGCAAUCAUAUUCACCACUGACUAGGAUUUUUUCACUUCAUGAGCGUACUUCUGAACUACUUCAUGUAUAGCCCUGUGCCAGCUGCUGUUAGUAGUGCCUUGCAGUGUUGUCUGGGGCCGAGCUUUCAGCUUCAUGACAGGAUACCGUUCAAAGGCGUUAUACCGUUCCUUUUGCACUCAUACGUGUAUCCGCAGUUUUACUUGUAACAUGUUUACUUCC